AUGAAAAUGUCAUUUAGUCGAUGUCCAACUAUAAAUUAUUGUGCCUCGAAACUCUAUGAAGGUUAGUUUUUGGCUUUUUUGCACAGAAAAAUUAAAAAAGAAGGGAAAAGUACUUUGCCAAUUAGAAAAUAAGAAAAAUAAAAGAGAAAUUGCUCUUUUUUGGCGGCUUGUUUUUGAAUAAAAAAUGUGGAAAAUAUCGAAAAACCCUGAAUUCACCCAAAAUCUCCGAUAAAAUCAAGUUUUUGGAAUUUUCACAAAGUAAACACGUAUUUUGUUGCUGAACAAAAAACAUCGGUUCGCGCUGUUUAAAGGGACAUGCUUUAAUUUUCCACCAAAAUCUCAAGAACGGCUCCAUCAAAUGAAAAUCUGAGUACACUAUCUUUAUCGCCGUGAAAAACUGCAUGGAAAUAGGCUUUGGUUCGUGGCGAGACCAAUUUCGAAAAAUAGCGCGCAAAAUGGAGAGACGCGAGACAUUUUUGUGCAUUUUCGCGUCACCGUGUUUGCACAACACAAUACAGUAUACCAACCGCGAACGUGUAAAAAACGUCGAAAAUCAAAAUAUACGAAUAAUUAUUUCUUGAUUAGAGACAACGUGAAAUUGAGAGAGCGCAGACAGCAGACAAAUUAGUGUAUGUCUGCACUCUCUCAAUUUCACGUUGUCUCUAAUCAAAAAUAAUAUUCUCUGUAUAUUAAUAAAUUUCAAAUUUUAAUUCGAAAACUUCCAUUUUCUCCUCUGCUGAUAAAAUAUUCAAUUUUACUGCCAACUAAAAAUAUGAAGAACAAAUUGAAAAGUGCAUCUCCCCCAAGCCAGUGUGAAAUUCAAAUUUCAUCGUAAUUUGAGACCGUGUUGCCAUUCCCACAAUUGGAUAGAUCAAUAUCCUUCAUUUCUCCUUCUUUUUUUUCUUCCGUGCCCAUUUCUGUUGUUGUUUCUCUAAUCCUCUUCUCUAUUUUAGGAGUUGGCACAUGUCCAGCAGUGUGUUUUCCUCCUCCUCAUCUCGCCUCUUUUUUUUAUAGCAGCAACCACAUGAAAAAGCACUCUUUUCUCCUUUUUUCCGCGCAUACACACUACUUUUUGCUCUUUUUUGUGCUCUUCGACGUUUUUUCUUGGGGUUUUUUUUGUUUUUGUACAAUUUUCAGGGGAUUUUUAGAGCUGAAAAUCUGCUUGCGACCUCAAAACGUGUUGCAAAUCUGCUCCAAUCGCAAAUCAGCGCGAAUUGAGAGAGUGCAGACAGAAAAAUUAGUUUUUUGAAUUUUUCGUGCGAAAAAUCAAUUUGUCUGUCUGCACUCUCUCAAUUUCACAUUGUCUCUAAACACUCAAAAAUAAUAAACUGUAUAUUAUCGAAAAUCUCACGCGCUCCACCGAAAUAAACACGCAACGCAGACCGCGCCGCGCCACAACACACAAAUUUAUGAAAAAUGACAUUUUUGAGCUGAAAAUCAUGGAAAAUGAGAUUUUUGAGCUGAAAAUUUCGAAAAAUGAGCGGAAAAUUAUGAAAAAUGACAUUUUUGAGCUGAAAAUCAUGAAAGAAUUUGAGUUGUUCACUUAUUUGUGUGUUUUGGCGCGGCGCGGUCUGCGUUGCGUGUUGAGAUUUUCGAUAAUAUACAGUUUAUUAUUUUUGAGUAGAGACAACGUGACAUUGAGAGAGUGCAGACAGACAAAUUAGUUUUUCGCACAAAAAAUACAAAAAAAAACUAAUUUUUCUGUCUGCACUCUCUCAAUUUCACAUUGUCUCUGAACACACAAAAAUAAAUCUAUCCGGAUAUAGAAUUUUCGCAUGUUAUUUACAUAUAAAUAUGCUAAUUUCAAGAUUUUCCCUUUCCUUUUCCCUUUUUUUUGCAUCUGAAAAAUCAAUUUUUCAUCUAUUUUCUUUCUAAUUGUAUCUAGACCAAAAAUGAAAGUGAUUUUGACACACCCAAAAAAAAUUUGCGCGAUAUUUUUCAAAGAAAUGAUAUCAUUUUGGUUUUUCAAAAGGAAAAAACACAGAAAUUUGUGCGUUAGAGCGCAUUUUCUCCCGUCAAACGACACUCCGCGCGGUCACCUUGCGCGACUCACAACAAUUUCAAAUAUUAGUCAAGUGUGCUAUUUGUUUUGUCGUGCAAAUAUCGUUGAUUGAUUAUUUUUUUGUCUCUUGCACAGUCUUUUGCCCCUCAAAAAAUCCCCAUAUUUUCCAGCCAACCUGGAUCAUCGUUGGUACGACGGAGUUCCGGCGGCGGAAUCCGGAAGAUCCGCCGCGGAUGCCGGUUAUCAGCGAUAUUCCGAUCUGGAACAUGUGCCGGGACCAUCGAAUUAUCCAGACGCCCAGCAACAGCAGCAGUAUAUCUCAAGAUCUGCGCGAAAUCCAUAUGCGGCUGUGCCGGGCACGACAACUUCGAUUUCGGCAAUGUCGCGGCGGCCCGUUUUACAGAGGUUGGGAGUUUUUUGGCUGGGGGCUAGGCGCGGCUCCUAGAAAGUUAGGAUAUCUAGGCGCUGAUCCUUGACAGUUGAUGUUUGUAGACUCGGCUACUUGAGAUAGGAGCUCUCAAGGCGCGACUACUUGACAUUUGGAUUCUCAAGGCGCGACUACUAGACAACUGGGAUUUCUUGGCUCGGCUACUUGAGAUAGGAGCUCUAGGCGUGGCUGCUUUGGAGUCAGGGUCUCAAGGCGCGGCUCCUUGAAAAUUGAACUCUCUAGGCGCGACUACUAGCCAACUAGGUUUUCUAGGCGCGGCUACUUGAGGUUCAGGACCUCUAGGCGCGGCUGCUUUGGAGUUAGUGUCUCUAGAGGCCGAUCCUUGAAAAUUAGUGUCCUUAGGCGCGGCUCCUUGACAUUUGGAUCCUCAAGGAGCUGCUACUUGACAACUAGCAUUUAUAGGCUCGGCUGCUUGAGAUAGGAGCUCUCAAGGCGCGGCUACUUGAGAUAGGAGCUCUCAAGGCACGGCUGCUUUGGAGUUAGUGUCCUUAGGCUCGGCUCCUUGUGAAUUAGGGUCUCAAGGCGCUGAUCCUUUACAGUUGAUGUUUCUAGACUCGGCUGCUUUGGAGUUAGGCUCUCUAGGCGCGGCUGCUUGACAACUAGCAUUUAUAGGCUCGGCUGCUUCAGAAUUAGUGUCUCUAGGCUCGGCUUCUUGGGAAUUAGGGUCUCAAAGCGCUGCUACUAGACAACUAGGAUUUCUAGGCGUGGCUGCUUCAGAAUUAGGCUCUCUAGGCGCAGCUCCUUGAGAUCUAUACACAAAUUCUAUUUUCACAAACCUUAAUCCCAAAAAUCCUGAGAAAAUCUUUUUUUUCCCCUCCUCUCACAAGCACAAAACAACAAAAUUAAUCCAGCUAAUAAAAGAUUCAGCCACAACAAAAACAACUUACUCUAACUUCCUACUAACAUUUGCAGACAACACCGAUCAAUGGACGGACUUGGAGUAAUCGAUAAUUAUAACAAGGAGACUUAUGAUUUAGCCAGUCAUCAUAAUAAUCAAUAUGAUUAUCAUCCAAACGCGAUUCAUAAACCAUCAUAUAUCCCACUGGAAAUCUCGACUUCUUCAAAUUAUCCACCACAACAAUUUGCACAUCGAUCAUUAGCAGCACUUUCAAAUCCGAUUCCAACACAAAAUGCGUUUUGGCAGCAGCAGCAGCAGCAGCAAAAUAGGUACAGAUUUUUUGUGCCGCCCGGAGACAUAAUUCGAUUUGCCUAUUUAGAAACAUUUUUUGUUUGCUCCGCUUCCCUUUUUUCCCCAGAAAAAAAUACGUUUCAAAAAUAUUUGCUUCCUUCCUCCCUGGAGAGAAAUUGUCUUGCAGCAUGGCCACCGAUCAUCUCUACGAUGUUCUUCCAAAUCAAAGUUCGGCCAGAUUGUCGACGAUGAAUGGGGGAAUCAAUAUUAAUACGGAAUAUGAGCAAUUGAAGGUUGGUUUUGGGCCCGGAAAUUGGGCUUUUUUAGGCCGCAAGAUGCUAUAUUUUGGAAAAAAAUACAUUUUUUGCCGAAAAAUUGGAACUCUUUGUUUUGGAGGUCCGAUUUUCGAUGUAAAAUGUUCUAGAAAAAAAUUUGGAAAUUUUAAUCUAACAUAAAUUUUCAAAUUUUUGAUAAUUUUCAAUUUUCCUUGAAAAAAUAGCUUUAAAAAUGUUUUCUGAAAAAAAUUGAAAAUGGAUUUUUUUUUUUUUUUUUGAAAAAAAAUUGAAAAUGAUUUUUUUUGAAAAAAAUUCAUUUUCAAAUUUUUUUUCAAAAAAAAAAAUUCAUUAUUAAUUUUUUCUGAAAAAAUUCAUUUUCAAAUUUUUUCUGAAAAAAUCAUUUUCAAUUUUUUCUGAAAAAAAUUCAUUUUCAAUUUUUUCUGAAAAAAAUUAAUUUUUAAUUUUUCUGAAAAAAUUCAUUUUCAAUUUUUUCCAAAAAAAAAUUCAUUUUUCAAAUUUUUUUUCAAAAAAAAUGCAUUUUCAAUUUUUUUUCUGAAAAAAAAUUCAUAUUUAAAUUUUUUCUGAAAAAAAAUUCGUUUUUAAUUUUUUUCUGAAAAAAAUUCAUUUUCAAUUUUUUCUGAAAAAAAUUAAUUUUUAAUUUUUUCUGAAAAAAAUUCAUUUUCAAUUUUUUCCAAAAAAAAAUUCAUUUUCAAAUUUUUUCUGAAAAAAAAUCAUUUUCAAUUUUUUCUGAAAAAAUUCAUUUUCAAUUUUUUUCUGAAAAAAAUUAAUUUUUAAUUUUUUCUGAAAAAAUUCAUUUUCAAAUUUUUUCUGAAAAAAUUCAUUUUCAAUUUUUUUUUUCAAAAAGUUUGUUUUUAUGAAAAAAAAAUUCAUUUUCAAAUUUUUUUCAAAAAAAAAAUUCAUUUUCAAUUUUUUAAUGAAAAAAAUAAUUUUCAAUUUUUUUCAAAAAAAAAUCAUUUUCAAAUUUUUUCUGAAAAAUUCAUUUUCAAUUUUUCCAAAAAAAAAUUAUUUUCAAUUUUUUUUUCAAAAAAAAUUCAUUUUUAAUUUUUUUCAAAAAAAAAAUUCAUUUUCAAUUUUUUUCUGAAAAAAAUUCAUUUUUCAAAUUUUUUCUGAAAAAAAUUCAUUUUCAAUUUUUUCCGAAAAAAAAUUCAUUUUCAAAAUUUUUCUGGAAAAAAAAUUCAUUUUUAAUUUUUUUUUCAAAAAAAAUUCAUUUUCAAAUUUUUUCUGAAAAAAAAAUUCACUUUUAAUUUUUUUCUGAUUGUGAAAAAAAUAAUUUUCAAUUUUUUUCAAAAAAAAAUCAUUUUCAAAUUUUUUCUGAAAAAAAUUCAUUUUCAAUUUUUUUCCAAAAAAAAAAUUAUUUUCAAUUUUUUUCAAAAAAAAAUUCAUUUUUAAUUUUUUUCAAAAAAAAAUUCAUUUUCAAUUUUUUUCUGAAAAAAAUUCAUUUUCAAAUUUUUUCUGAAAAAAAUUCAUUUUCAAUUUUUUCCGAAAAAAUUCAUUUUUCAAAAUUUUGCUGGAAAAAAAUUCAUUUUUAAUUUUUUUUCAAAAAAAAAUUCAUUUUCAAAUUUUUUCUGAAAAAAAAAUUCACUUUUAAUUUUUUCUGAUUGUGAAAAAAAUAAUUUUCAAUUUUUUUCAAAAAAAAAAUCAUUUUCAAAUUUUUUUCAAAAAAUUCAUUUUUAAUUUUUUUCUGAAAAAAAAUUCAUUUUCAAAUUUUUUUCAAAAAAAAUUCGUUUUCAAUUUUUUCUGAAAAAAAAUCAUUUUUAAUUUUUUCUAAAAAAAACUUUUUUAAUUUUUUCUGAAAAAAUUCAUUUUCAAUUUUUUUCUGAAAAAAUUCAUUUUUAAUUUUUUCAAAAAAAAAUUCAUUUUCAAUUUUUUCUGAAAAAAAAUCAUUUUUAAUUUUUUUCUGAAAAAAAUUAAUUUUCAAAUUUUUUCUAAUGGGGCUAUUCAUGUUAUUUUUCAACGCUGAGAAAACGGGAGAAAAGCGGAGAAAACCUAUUCAGGUAGGCUGAGAAAAUACGAAAAAAGCGGAGAAAAUGUAUUUCCUCCGCAUUUCUCCUGUUUUCUCAACAUGCUGAGAAAAUACAUGAAUAGCCCCAUAAAAAAAAAAAUUCAUUUUCAAAUUUUUCUGAAAAAAAUUUAUUUUCAAUUUUUUUCAAAAAAAAAAAUUCAUUUUCAAAUUUUUUUAUAUUUUAACAUUAAAUAUGAGAAAACUAAAAAUUCUGUUUCUCAAAAAACGCGAAAAUUUUGAAUAUUUGCAAAAUUUGCCCCCAAAAAUCAUAUAAAAAUCAAUAUUUUUCAGCUGGAUUACACUGCAGCCAUCGAAAAAUUGAAUCAAACAAUGAAUAGCAUCAAAACAUUCUGGAGUCCUGAAUUAAAACGAGAAAGACAAAUGAGAAGAGAAGAAGCGACGAGAAUUAAUCAACUUGAACGAAUCGUUUCUCAUUCUGGUGCAUCUGCUCCAAAUUCUGAUAUUGAAGGUAAUUUUUUAUGGGUCAAGAAUUAUCCUAAUAUGAGCAAUGGAAACAUUUUUCGGUCCAAAUUCAGACCUAACAAAUAAUUUAGCCUAAUAUGAGCAAUUUUUCCUUCAGCUCUUCAAUUACGAAUGGAUCUGAAAGAACGAGAAGAGCGAAUUCGACAAUUAUCAGCGGCUCUCGAAAAUUCCGGAACUGGAAUUGGAAUCGGAAUUGGAAUGGAUCCGAGAGUUCGAGAAUUGGAGGAUACAAUUAUGCGAUUGCAGGAUUUGUUGGCGACGAAAGAGACGCAGGCGAUGAUGAAUAAUACGGUAGGGACUAGGGGAGAGCUUCUGAAGUGGCCGAGUCGAGAAAUCCUAGUUGUCAAGGAGGCGCGCCUAGAGAGCCUAGAUUUCGAGCAGCCGCUCCUGGAUACCCUAAUUUUGAAGCAGCCACGUCUAGAGAGCCUAGAUUUCAAGCAGCCGCGCAUACAGAACCUAGAUUUCAAGAAGCCGGGCCUAGAGAGGCUAGAUUUCAAGCAGCCACGCCUAGAGAGAAUAGUUUUCAAGCAGCGGCGCCUAGAGAGCCUAGAUCUCAAGAAGCCGCGCCUAGAGACCCUACAUUUGAAGCAGCCACGCCUAGAGAGCCUGGAUUUCAAGUAGCCGCUCCUUCAGAACCUAGUUUUGAAGCAGCCACGCCUACAGAGCCUAGGUUUCAAGCAGCCGCGCCUAGAGAGAAUAGUUCUCAAGUAGCCACGCCUAGAGAGGCUAAAUCUCAAGCAGCCACACCUAGAGAGCCUAGAUUUCAAGAAGCCGCGCCUAGAGAAAAUAGUUCUCAAGUAGCCACGCCUUGAGAGAAUAGUUCUCAAGUAGCCGCGCCUAGAGAGCCUACUGAUUUUUUUUUCAAAUCGGAACUUCCAAAUCAAAAUUCAAACUUCUCUCAUUUUCCAUUAAAAAUUCAGAAUUUCAGCUUUUGGAUUUGAAAAAUUCAAAAAAAUGGAUGAAAUAAUUUGUAUAAAAAUUUUUAGAAAUUUUUGAGGAAACCUUUUCUUAACCUCAUUUUUCAAUGUAAAAAAUUCAGAUUUCAUCUGAAUUUUUUCUAAUUUUCUGAAAAUUCCAGCAAAUUUCCCAUUUUUUCUCGAAUUCUCCAUUGAAAAUGCAAAAACAAACAUAAUUUUUUAUUAUUUUUCUGGCAAAAUUAUUGUUUUUCUCGAAAAAAAAUUUUUUCUGCCACAAAAAAAUUCAAAUCUGAAUGGAAUUUUUACAGGAUCAUCAAGGUCGCUAUGCUCUAGAAGGUGCACUUCGAAGAAUCGACGAAAAACAGGCGAGAAUCGUUGAAUUGGAAGAGGAAUUAAUGCGACAACGAAUGAUGAGAACAAAUCAGCCACGAGAUUUUACCGACAAAAAUCUAUCUGGACACGAAAUGACUACAAUGAGAAUGAAAAUGGAGAGAAGUGAAGUGGAAUUAGCUGAAAGGAAAAGUGAAUUGAUGAAUUGUCAAAAUCGUAUGCAAACUGCUGAAGAAACAUCGAAUGAAAUGAGAUCGCAUGUUCAAUUAUUGAAAGAUCAAUUAACAAAUCGAGAACAACAUAAUACAUUAUUACAAGGUGAUGUGGAUGCAUUAAGACAGAAAUUGGAUAGCAAGAAUAAACAAUUAGAACAACAGAAUGAGAGGAUUCAACAAUUGGAAAGGGAUAUUAAUGGAACGAAGGCUGAUGUAUCGGAUAAGACUGAACUUAUAAGGCAGACUGAAUUGAAGACGACUCAAUUAAUUGGGAGAAUUGAUGGAUUGGAGACGAGUUUGAGGGAGAAGGAUCAGGAAUUGGAUAGGGCUAAGGUGAGGGUUUUGGGAAACUUAUUUAUUUUUUUGCUCAGAAAAUUUCUUAAUAUGAGCAACGCUGGAAUUUUCAAGGGAUACAUUUGGAAAGCUUAUUCAAGAAGAAAAACAUUUCAAAAAACUCCAUUUUUUACAUUGCUCAUAUUAAAGAACAUUCAUUUUCCAGAUUUUUUUCUGAUAUUUUUAAUAUGAGCAAUGUUAUUUUUUCUUGUAAAAUUUUUCAAAAAUUAAAAAAUACAAAUUUUCGCGCCGAAAUUAAUUGCCGCGUGAAUUUUUUAUUUAAAAAAAGCAGCAUUGCUCAUAUUGAAGAAAAUUCAUAGGAAAUUUGAAUUUGGAAAAUUUUUUGAAAGUUUGAUUUUUUUUUUGAAAGUUGCUUAAAAUCCACGUGGCUUUAGAAAUUCAAAUUUUACCGGCCAAAAAUCCACUGGAAAAUGAAUUUUUUUUAAUAUGAGCAAUGCUGCUUUUUCUUGUAAAAUUUAAAAAAGGCAAAUUUUCGCGCCAAAAUUAAUUGCCAUGUGAAUUUUUUAUUUAAAAAAAGCAGCAUUGCUCAUAUUAAAGAAAAUUAAUUUUCCACAUUUUUUCGGAUAUUUUUGAUAAGGAUUCUAAAAUUUUGAAUUCUACAUGCCACGUGGAUUUUUGGCGCGAAAAUUUGAAUUUUUUUGAAAUUUGAAUUUUUACUAGAAAAAUCAGCAUUGCUCAUAUUAAAGAAAAUUCAUUUUCCAGAUUUUUUCGGAUAUUUUUGAUAUGAGCAAGGAUUCUGAGAAUUUGAAUUUUGCAUGCCACGUGGAUUUUUGGCGCCAAAAUUUGACAUUUUCAGUUUUUGAAUUUUUACAAGAAAUAACCGUAUUGCUCAUAUUAAAAGAAAAUUCAUUUUCCAGAUUUUUUCGGAUAUUUUUAAUAUGAGCAAGGCUUCUGAAAUUUUGAAUUCUGCAUGCCACGUGAAUUUUUGGCGCCAAAAUUUGACAUUUUCAGUUUUUGAAUUUUUACAAGAAAUAACCGUAUUGCUCAUAUUAAAGAAAAUUCAUUUUCCAGAUUUUUUCGGAUAUUUUUGAUAUGAGCAACGUUUGAGUGGAUUCUGACGCCAAAGUUUGAAUUUUUACAAGAAAUAACCGUAUUGCUCAUAUUAAAGAAAAUUCAUUUUCUUAAUAUGAGCGAGGCUUCUGAAAUUUUGAAUUCUGCAUGCCACGUGGGUUUUUGGCGCGAAAAUUUGAAUGCCAAAAAUGAAAAUUUUUGGAAAUUAUCCGAAAAAAGAGAAAAAUCAUAGAAAUCUACAGAAUUUCGCCAGAAAAAACCCCAAUUUUUUUUUAAAAAACUCCAAUUUUUGCAGAUCCGCCUCCUCAGUCAUCCCGACGUUGUAAAAAGAAAAAGAAAUGCUGGAAAAAAUCGAACAAUCCGAUCGAGAAAGACAACGACUCCAAGAACACAUUGAUCAAAUUCGCCGAAAUUCCGAAAAAGAACACAUCGAGCAACAAAAAACGUAUCAAAAAGAGUUACAAGAUUUACGAUCAAAUAUUGAGAAUUUGCAAAAAGAAUUGGGAGAUCGUGAUAUUUUGCUAGAAUCUCAAAAUGAGAAGAUCGGAGAUAUGAAUCGAGAUUUGAGCCAGGCGAAAAAACGACUACAGGAUGCGCAGGUUGAUAAAGGAACUGAUGAAUUGAGAAAAGAUGUUGAGGCUGCGAGAAAUGAAGUGGAGAAAUUGCUCAAAAUGGUGCAUCAAUUGGAAAAGGAGAAUUUAAAUUUGACUGGGCAAUUAAAACAAUUAUCAGCCAAUGAAAAUGGGGCAAAAUCAAUCAAUAAUACAUUGAUCCGGAAGGAAAGUCAACAACAACAAUCAAAUUAUCAGAAAAGAGUUGAAGAAUUGGAAGAGGCACUAAGAGAAUCGGUUUCGAUUACAGCUGAAAGAGAGAUUCAUCUAUCGCAACAGAAACAUCAUUUACAACAGGUUUCGGUGCAACUUCAAGAGGCGAGAAAAGAGAUUUCGGAGAUGAGGAAAACGAAGCAGAUUGGAAGUGAAGGGGGAGUUGAAAGGGAUCAGAUGAUUCGAGCGAUUGAGACGGAGAGAAGGCAGCAUUUGGAGCAAUUGUUUCAGUUGAAGUGAGCGGUGGGGGGGGGAUAUUUUUAGAAAUUUCGGAAAAUCUCGAAAAAUUUGAAGGGUUUUGUUAUCAAAAUUUUGAUUUUUUUUCCGAAAAUUUUGAUUUUUUGUCGAAAAUUUAAAAAUUUCAGCUGAAUUUCUGUUGAAAAAUUCAGAAGAUUCAGAAAAUUUUUUGUUUUUGUCGGAAUUCUAGAACAUUUUCUUCUUGAAAAUAUUGUUUUUUGGUUUGAUGACUGAAAUUUUCAGAAAUUUCGAAAAAUCUCUAGAAUUUUGAAGGUUUUUUUUUCAAAAAUAUUGAUUUUUUUGUCGAAAAUUUCAAAAUUUUCAAAUUUUGUUUCAGUUGAAAUCUGAAAUUUUCAGAAAAUCCCCAAAAUUAUUUUUUCAAAGUGAUAAUAUUCAAAAUUUCCUGCUCAGAAAUUCAAAAUUUUGAUUUUUUGACGAAAAUUUAAAAAUUUUACAAAAAACUAAUUUUUUAUUCCGAAAUUCAGAAGAUUCACAAAAAAAAUAAAAAUUUUUUGGACAAAUUUCAAAUUUUGUUUCAGUUGAAAACUGAAAUUUUCAGAAAUUUCGGAAAAUUCUUGAACAAAAAAUUUACAAUUUUUCGAGUUUCAGCCCAAAUUCAGAAGAUUCACAAAAAAAAAUAAAAAAAUUUUGAAAUUUUCAGAAUUUUCAGAAAAUCCCCAAAAUUAUUUUUUCAAAAUAAUAAUUUAAAAUUUCCUGGUUUUUUCGAAGGUUUUUUUUUCAAAAAUUUAUAGAUUAAUAUGAGCAAUGCAUGUAAUUUCUGUAUUAAUUGCUCAUAUUAGACUUUUUCUGGAAUUUUGCAAAAUAUUGUGAAUUUCAGAAUUUUCCAAAACUUUGAAAAAACCUGAAAAUUCAAAAAAAUUCAGAAAUUUUUGAAUUUCAGCAAUAAUUUUAAGUUUAUUUUUCAAAAAUUUUGAUUUUUUGUCGAAAAUUUCAAAAUUUCAGCUGAAUUUCUGUUGAAAAAUUCAGAAGAUUCAGAGAAUUUUUUAAAUUUUCUUCAAAAUUUGGUGAUUUGAAAAUAUUGUUUUUUGGUUUGAUGACUGAAAUUUUCAGAAUUUUCAAAAAAUCCCAAAAAUUAUCCCGAAAAAAUCUAAUUUUUUUUCUGGAAUUUCUGAAUUUCAAAAAGUUCAGUUAUUUUAAAAUUUGUGCUGAAAUUGAGAAAUUGUAGAGUUUUUUCUGAAAUUUUCAGAAUUUUUAUGAAAAUCCCGAAAAAAUAAAAUUUUCUGAAUCUUUUGAAUUUUCUAACAGAAAUUGAGCUGAAGUUUUGAAAUUUUCGACAAAAAAUCAGAAUUUUCAGAAAAAAAAAUUAAAAUUAUUGCUGAAAUUCAAAAAUUUACAAAUUUUUUUUUAGAAUUUUAAGGGUUUUCCUAAAAAUCCCGAAAUUUUGAAGAAAAUUUUCUGAAUUUUUCGAAUUUUUUAACAGAAAUUGAGCUGAAGUUUUGAAAUUUUCGACAAAAAAUCAAAAUUUUCAGAAAAAAAAUUAAAAUUAUUGCUGAAAUUCAAAAAUUUCCGAAUUUUUUUUCGAAUUUUCAUGUUUUUUUGGAAAAAAAAAUACAGAAAUCAAUGCAUUGCUUAUAUUAAUCUCUAUUUUUUGCAGACAAGAAGCCCUAUUGGCCGCAAUUUCCGAAAAAGACACACAUUUGGCACUGUUGGAAAAGGCUCGCGGACCGCGUGAUGAAAUCGAAACAUUGCGAAGGCACAAAGAUGCGUUGAUUCGAAAAUUGAAGCAAGAAAAUGAGCGGUAAUCUUAGAUUUUUAAAAAAAAUAUUUCCCUCCCAAAAAUCAAUAAAAUUCCUCCAGACGUGCUCUUGUCUCCCAUCCCGACCCCGCAAUUUCAAUGAACGCAAUGGCGAGUGUUCUCCCCGGUGCUCCACUUCCAGCUCCAUUGAUUCCUCCAGUUCCAACAUCUCAACAACAUCAAGAACACGAUGAUACUGAUGGAAUUUGGGCUUAG